AUGGCUCCUGAGAGAACACUCUCCAUGUCACUGCUGCAGCUGCUGAUUCUGGUGGCUAUACUGAAGGCAGGAACAGCAAUGCCACGAAAUCCAAUAUGCCCAAAUACUGAGGACAAGAACUUCCCUCAGAGUGUGAAGGUCAACCUCAACAUCCUUAACCAAAAGAUGGGUAGGAUAAAAGAUUAUCACAACCGAUCCACCUCACCUUGGAGUCUCCGCCGCAAUGAGGACUCUGAGAGAUAUCCCCGUGUGAUCUGGGAGGCAGAGUGCCGUGACUUGUACUGUGUCAACCCUGAUAGGAAUAUCAACCACCACCUGAACUCCGUCCCCAUCGAGCAAGAGAUCCUGGUCUUGCUCAGGGACCCUCAGAGCUGCCCCCACUCCUUCAGGCUGGAGAAGAUGGUGGUCAAAGUGGGCUGCACCUGUGUCUUCCCCGUUGUCCACCACCGGGCUUAAGCAUUUCUGCUCUGACCCCAGUUCCCCAGACCAGUUAGGCUUUCUGGGGAGUAGACACAGCCCAAUUUCUGACCAAACUCACUGGGGUUCUUAAAUGAGUUCACUCAACUGAAGUUUGGUAACACUCAGAGGUAACACUUUGGUUCAGAAAUUGAAUCUGAAUCACCCUUCCCUUUCUGCAUUGUGGAGGAAGGUUUACACUGAAUACCAAUUUGCUUCUUAAUUGCUUUUCCAAGGGCUUUAAGUUAUUUAUGUAUUUAAUAGGCCCUGAGAUAACUUAGGUGUGUAAGGUGCCAUUUUAAUGAGUUGCAUGCCUUAUUUUGUAUUUUUUUAAAAAGGCAGUAUUUCA